AUGGGGAGAAAAGCUAUCAAGGUGAGCUGCGUUGGAUUUUGUGGGGUGUCUAACAAAGUCAAUGACACGGCAUGGACUGUUGAGGAGCAAUACUUUAACAGCACCCUUUCCUUGGCGGACAAAGGGGUCCUGACAGCUGCUUCAGCUCCCACAUCGUUUGAAGGCCCUUUUGGGAAGGUUGUCCAUCAGAUCAAAGCUGUGAUAGAUACACCCCGAUUCUCCAAGGACUACAAGUGCAACAAAGUCUUCUAUGUCCUCUGUCCACUCAACCUGAAUGCCAUCCCUGAGAUUGAGCAACCCAACACUAUGUCCAUCACCAAGAAGUUCAACUACAAACUUGUGAAAAGUGGGAGCAUCAUUUUAACUGCCACCUCAGACCUCAAAGGAUAUAUUGUGGGGCAGGUGAUCCAGCUGCGCACAGACAUAGAGAACAAGUCUGGCCGGGAUACUGGUUCUGUUGUAGCCAGUCUGCUUCAGAAAGUCGCUUAUAAAUCCAAACGCUGGAUUUAUGACUUGAGGACCAUUGCAGAAGUGGAGGGCGCAGGGGUGAAGGCAUGGAAGCAUGCAGAGUGGAAGGAGCAAAUCCUUGUCCCAGCGCUGCCCCAGUCUAUUCUGCAAGGCUGCACCCUCAUACACAUUGACUACUAUAUCCAAGUUUCUCUGAAGUCACCAGAAGUCUCAGUCACCCUACCUAUUUACAUUGGCAACAUUGCUGUGAACAGAAUCCCUCUGAGCCCAGCCAGGUCAGUCCCACACAUCCCGUCUGCAGUGGUACCGAGCGCACCCCCAGAAGAGGAGGAAGCUGCCAGUGGCUACCACCCCAUGGACAAUGUUUCGAUCCCCACCAAAAGUCAUUCCCAGCAGCAGCCAUUCAGCUACGCCCCAGGACUGAGCUUCCAGGAAGUAAGGCUGGAUUCGGACCAGACUGGCUCCCCAAACCACCCCACGCUCUGCUUGUCAACGGGAGCAACCGUUCCAUACUAUGCCGAAGGGACGGUGGUUCCAGUUCCCACUGCCAGCUCUCUCAUCCUGCCUCCGGAGUACAGCACAUGGGGUUACCCAUAUGAAGCGCCUCCCUCCUAUGAACAGAGCUGCAGCAGUGCCAACUCCAGCCUCAGCAAUGGCAACUAGCCCUGUACCAGAAGCCUGCAGGUGCUGCUCCUCCACAGCACUGUCUCUGAAGUCUGGUACAGCACAAAGCAUCUUCUAUUCCUGUGGCUGAUGGGCAGGGUGAAAGGCUCGUCCCAGUCUGGGAUUUUUAAGUCACUUUUAUGCGGUCUCCUUUUUUUUGUGUGUUUUUUAAAAAACCAGAGGGGGCUCAUUGGAAAUGGCAUGGGGUGUGGGGUCUAUGCAUAGGGAUGGGGGAAUGGUACGUCUUGCCCCCUCACAACUCCAUUGUACCCUAUAGCAGAGGAGCUGCCUGCCCCUGGGAUGCCUUGCACAAUAAUAUGUUCCUGUACUGUAGUCCAACACUUACUGCUUUACUAUCAAAGCACCUGUGAUGCCUUAUUUGAAAUGCUACUGAACUGGUGUGUGUCUACUGUAGGCAAUGGAUGGCAUGUGUGGAUUCUCCUCUUCCUUUUUGUGGUUAGAGUGCCAUUUCCAAUCCUGGCACAGGCUCAGCAGCCUCUCUAUCAUCCCCACCGACCCUGUAGUUGAUCCUCAAACACUCCCAACAACAGUGGGGCAAGUGGGGCAGCCUAUAGCAAGAGAUCUCUGGAGGGAAUAGACCCAGAAGGUGGAGGGUACAGAGAGCUUAGAGUACAGACCCUAGAAACUGCAAGGUUGCAGAAUAACUGGCCAGCAUCCUUCCUCCAGCUGUAAGUUAAACCUUUGCCAACAUGUGAUGGUAAUGGAGGCAUGGUAGCCAUUAACUUGAUCUAUGCAUUUGUAGGAACCCUAGCAGGGCCCAUAGUGGGAAUAGGGAAAGUUCUAUACAUUACCACCUUUUUCUUGGCAUUUUUUUAAAAUCCAGCUGAUGGGGUUCUCCAGAAGAAAAAACAAAAUAAAAAAGCCUGUGGGGUUCUUGGAGCAAUUCCUACAGAACCCUUUUGGUUGUACCCCUUUAGUGCAAGCUUGGCAAUGCCAGCCAAAUUUUAGCAGGGUUUGAUUUUUAUAACUACCCUGUUUGGUCUCCACAUGUUCCCUGAGCUUGCCCUCGGCAGCGUGCCCUCUCCAUUCCCGUUGCUGUAGGCAGGCUGGAAACUGACAAUCAAGCUUCUAGGUUUUCUAAUGCUACCUCUGAACUCACCCAAGACACCUGUAAUGGGGAAACCCCUUCUUUGCAGGGACCCUCUACUACAAAAUGCUCACUUCCCAAAGAGUUUCUCUCCCAAGAAAAGGGGCAGCUGUGCUGCAUGAGCACUGGAGACUCCAGGACUCUGGGCUUCCCUACCCACUGCAGCGAGGCUGUCUAGUUCUACAGGACUGGCUGCUCAGGCAAGGCCUACUCCAUUGUUUGGGUAAAACUAGCUCUGUAAGCUGCUGUGGGAUCCCAGACCAGGCAGGCACAAACUGUUGCGUGGACAUUUCGCCUACUGCUGCAUUUCUUGCUUGCUGUCACUGAAACCAACAGGCCAGCUGGUGAGGAGCAUGCAAGGCCUACAUUUCUCAGUGGCAGCUUCAGACUGGGAGCACACAGCAUUAAGCUCCAGAUCUGAGGCACCAAGACAGCUACUCGUGACCCAAGAACAAGAACCCCUUCUGGGAUCUGAAGCCUGCAUCACGCUCCUCUUCCUCCUGCUCUCCCACCCUGCACUUCAGACUGCCUCUGCAGCCCCCGGGACUGGCUGCUCUGGGACAGGUCGCACUUUUCUGCACGAUCUUUUUAAUAGGGGUAGGGGUUGAGGGAACCUUUUUCCCAGCAGGGCUGGCGAACAGACGUUACCUGCGCUGAUUGUAUAUAGAACAAGUAUCCUUGUAUAUGUGCGUAUAAGAGGACCUGUUUUUAAUGACUGGAUUAAUACCAAAUUUUAAUGCUGUAUUUAAUAAAUUAUUCCAAAAGAGA